AGGGCGCACAGCGCACAGCGUGGAACCACCGACGAGCCCAGGGUGAAGUGUGUGGAUCUGCCAUGUCCAGAUUUCUCAAUCCCAUCGGGGCCGCUUCGGCUGCUAUGCGGACGCCUGCCCGACGUAGAGUGGUACAAAAAGUGCUCGACCAUGCGAGCACGGCGGUGUGUGAGAGGGAGUUCAUGAUGCUGAUGAACGCCCUGCCGGAGGACGUGGAGGACACCAAGGCACCGGCCAAGAUGGAGACGUUGCGGACGGCGCAGAAGUCCCUACAAGUGGCCACCCAGAAAGCGGCAGCUCACCGAGGGCAGGACUACGUGACGUUUCGGAUGAAGCAGCUCUCGGGGGUGGCGGCGACGAAGAAGAGGCGUCGCCGAAACGGGAUUGGUCGGGGACGAUUCAACCUUGCCAGAGUUUAUUAGUCGUCGCCCCCAACACUUGGAGGGUUGUAUUUCACGUUUCUAGUUUGGAGGAGGAGGUCGAGUCAUGUACUCGAUUACAUGUCAUGGUGUGAUCGUGUUUUUUUCGAAGAUGGGAGUGUUCUUGGUACAGUAUAAGGCGAAGCUUUCAGGUAUCGGUGAUGGUUUUGGCCAGUUCGACGUGUGGCUCCUUAUGUUGGACUUUAAAGCCUCGGCGCUGAGCAUUAGUGGUACUUUUGUUCUUUGGCGUCCCCGUUAGGUGAAAGAAGAGGGCAAAAUAAUAACUGAAAGGCCAAAACAACAAACGCUUUCACUCAGGCUGAGGCUGGUCGUGAACUGAACCGUAAGUUACACACAACAUCGCCACACACCACGGGCUGAUUCAUUGAGUGCAAAGUUCUCCAAAGUAAGCAAGGUGGGCGUGGAAAAGUGCGGCGCUCAAAAUACCAUGCCCAGAGACCCAUCUUUCGUUGUUGGCAUCCCUUUUGUUGAAACGUGGACCACAUGGGCAAGUGUGACACCGAACAUGAUUGCUUGAUAUUUUUUUACCGUAACACCACCGCUUGAGACGGACAAUCCUAUCGGACAAAGCACCGAUGAAUGACAGGCAAGCCCAAGGCUAAUAC